AGUAAGGUGUGGUCGCUGUAUGAUGCAGGUCCAAAGAGCAUCAGGUGUCCCAUUAUCUUCCUUCCUCCUGUCAGUGGGACAGCAGAGGUGUUCUUCCAGCAGUUAUUGGCACUGACAGGCUGGGGCUACAGAGUAAUCUCGUGCCCAAGCACUGACUGGUGCAAGGACCCUAUUGUUUUGGCUUGACCACCAGGGUUCUUCUUUUUUUUUUAUUGGGUAAAUUUGGUGGUCUGUCCAUCACUCUGCAGAGAUGUUCACAACAGCAACAAAUCUUGUGCAUUAUUCUGGGGAGAGGUGGAGCAGCAGGCAGAGGCAGAGGCAGGAAGUAACUGCCGAGAUCAUGUGAUCAUGUCUACAGCACCCCGACACCGUCAUCAGUUCAUAUCAUCACAAACUCUCUUGACAUCUUGGUCGGUGUCUUCUUUGUGUACUGCUCUGCUUUUUCACCAAGAGAUAUGUUUUCUUUUUCUUUUUUUUGUGUCAGAAGCAUUAUCAACCCCCACUCGCUCCUGGUGAAUCCAGCGAGGGAUCCCCUUCUGUGUUGUCCGAUUGAAUUCUCAUACAUUUCUGCAGAUUUAUACUAGGAGUAGGGAUGAAACGGUUACCGGUUUUACAAUUAACCACAGUAAAAUUCCAGAUGGUUAGUUUAACCGUGUGGAAUUUACAUUAUCAUUAUAACCGCAGGUUGAUUACCACAAUGUACAGCUUAUGGAAAAAAACUGUCCAGCAUCCUCCACACAACAGAGUCCCUUACACAGGCGCGCAGGCUCAGCAUUCAAAUAGUUUUUUUAUUUGCAUAUGAAAAGUUUACUUUGGGUUUGCUUGAUUCGCUCUUGAGUUUAUGAGACACUAUAAGACAAUAAAACACACUGAAAAAUAGUCCAACAUUUUGCAUCCAUUUAGUUCAGCUUGUAGCAGAUAGGAGAAAACUAAAAGGACGGAAUGGCCCUUUACUACUCAACACGAAAAGGAGGGGCGAGGGAGAUAAUAAAGGUGACACGCCUGUGAGGUAAAAGAAGGGGGGAAAAUCAAACGAAGGCAGCAUGGUGUGGAAGGGUGUGAAGUGAGAGUAAUUGUAGGAAGGAGAUCACAAAAAGAUAACCUUGUUUCUGGGCGUGGUGGCGGCGGUUACCAUCACAUACGUAAUUUAAAUGCAUUUAAUUGAGGCGUCAUUAGAAGUGAGGCAGUGUACCUCAUGCCUAGUGAGUGGCUCAGUCCUUCCUUCAUUUUUCAGCAUGUGGCCCUCGAGAAAAUCCCUUUACCUGGAGAUUAAUCGACCACAAAAAAUACACACAUUUCCCUCACUUUAGUUUUUUUAUUGGACCCUAACUCCCCUCUUCCACACACUAACACACACACACACACAAUCCCUAUUUUCUUAUCAAACUAUGAACUGAAUGGAACUUCAUAUACAAUUUUGUUUUUCUUCUGAAGACACUCACACCACACAAUCUUGCACUUCAUCUGAACUCUGACGGGUAAUUUCUCUUAUUUGGAAAUGAUUGAGUUUGCUAUUACUUUCUGGGUAUUUUGGUGAAUAUGAGUUAUUUGUCUGUUUAUUAAUCAUAACUCUUCGAUCUGAUUGUUAACUUGAUUGAAUAAUUCAAUUGAAUACAUAGUGAUUAAAAGAAUUGUUGCUUGUAUUUUCCUUUUCUUUGAUGCCUUUUGUAAUUAGGUAAAUCAGCUAUCCAGGUUAAAUCUCUUACAGGGAGAUAUUCAAAUUUGACAGUUGAAGAAGCACUGUCUGGUAUCAAACUCUUAUUUUUGUCAAUUUAUAAAACCUACACUACAAUCUUAUAGUUAAGUCUCCCUUACGUUACCUUACGUCUUGCCACUGGUGAAAUAUGCAAAAUAGUUGAUGUUGUUGCCUCAAUGUCUGGUGCAUCUGAAUUAGAUAUGAAAGUCUCUAAGCCUAACAAACUACAAUAUAGUUAGCACAUUGAUCAGCCCAUCCCCACUGCUUGCUGCUCUUGACUAAUCAACUGUAACAGACAACAGUGAAAACUGCAGAGGGAAAAGAGAUUACAUUUUAAAUACUCUCUUUUAAGUAAAAUAAAUCUUUUUACGUAUAAAAUACAUAUGACAAAUACAUUUUAGUUCUCCUUUAACUCAGUUCAGUAUUCUUUAAUUUAGUUCACUCUUAAAUUUUCACAAAUAAAAAUAAAAAAGUCCCCUCCUUUGGAGAUUCCUGAGGAAAAUGUAUUCAACCCAGUUCAAAAUAUAAGGUGGUAAACUCUCUCAAUCUCUAAAUAAAUCGUUUGAUUCUUUACUCACUGAGCAGGAUCAGUUUCUUGAGUUUCUUGGUACAGCCAGUGUCUUUUCUUAAUCUACUUUCAUCCCAGCUGCGCACACUAUAUGGUCAAGGAAGGUCACAGAAGAUGUGAAUAAGUGUCACUUCUUCAUAUUGGCAUUCAGUAUUUACUUGAAAUGGUGUCAUUCACACCAUGUUUCUAGCCUAAAUGUCAAUGUUGACAUUUGCAUGCACAUACAAACACAUACACCGCACACAAUGUCACGACUUGAGGAAAGGAGAUGGACCCAGUAGCAGAGGUAUAUAACAAAAAGUGUAUUUAAUACAAAAGAGACUUCAACUUAACAAAACGCAAAACAAACACUAAAGGAAAUUGAAACACUGAAAAGACAUGAACUAGAACAAGAACACAAAAACACAAGAAAGUUUACUAGACUCAGGAGAACAGGACAUGGCAGGAACGCAGGACAGGAAAGCACCAAAAAACACAGCAGGAAAAACAGCAACAUGGAACACAGCGAGAACCGCAACAUGGAACAAAGCUUGAAAAACAGACAACCCGACAGCGGACAAGGGGAAGGACAGAGGCUUAAAUACACACAGGGAAGGCAGGGGUAAUUGGCCACAGGUGCAACACAUGAGGAGUUAGAAAGACAAUCACCAAGACAGGAAGUGAAGACAGAAACAACCCACAAGGAACAGAGACUACAAAAUAAAACAGGAAACAGAAAACACAGAGGCAGAAAUACACAAACUAAACUGACAGAACAUGACAGUAUCCCCCCCUCAAGGACCAGAUUCAAGACGGUCCAAAAUGUGAACCGAGACGGGAGAGAGGAGGGGGGAACCGGAGGAGGGAAUCCGGGAGAUGCCCAUGGUCUUGGGCCGAUGGCUCAGUGGCCUCUCAAGGGCAGAGUUCACAGGCACGGGAGGGCGGCACCGUGGACGCUCAGGGGCAGAGUCCAGAGGCUCGGGAGGGCGGCCCGGAGGCCGGUCAGUGGCAAAGCCCGGGAGCUCCUCAGACGGGCGGCCCAGAGACCAAUCAGGGACAGAGGACAAGGGCUCCGGCCUCAGCCCCGCACAUGGGGCAGGAACUGGAGUCGCAGCCGGAACCAGAAUAGGCGUUGUGAGGACUGCCAACGCUGGAACUUGAGUGACGCUAGCCAGGACCCUCCGGCGCGGGACAGGGACUGGAGCAGACUCCGCAGGGGCCUCUGACACCUCAACAGGAGUGUCGUCUGCAGGGACCCUCUGGCAUGGGACAGGGACUGGAGCAUGAACUGGAGCAGGGACUGGAGCUGGCACCGGGAGGACCUCCGACGCCGAAAUACAGGGGACGUCAGCCGAGAGCCUCCGGCGCGGAGCAGGCACUGGAGCAGGGUCUGGAGGAAGGGCUGGAACUGGCACCGAGAUGACCUCCGAUGCCGGAACACAGGGGACGUCAGCCAAGAGCCUCCGGCGUGUAGCAGGCACUGGAGCAGGGACUGGAGCCAACGCCGGUGCGAGGUUCUCAGACACCGAAACACAGGGGACGUCAGCCGAGAACCUCCGGCGUGGAGCAGGCACUGGAGCAUGGACUGGAGCCAACGCUGGUGUGAGGAUCUCCGACGCCGAAACACAGGGGAUGUCAGCCAAGAGCCUCCGGUGCGGAGCAGGCACUGGCGCAGGCACUGGAGCAGGCACUGGAGCAGUCACCGCAAGGACCUCCGACGCCGGAACACAGGGGACGUCAGCCAAGAGCCUCCGGCGCGGAGCAGGCACAGGAGCAGGCACUGGAGCAAGGACUGGAGCUGGCACCGCGAGGACCUCCGAUGCCGGAACACAGGGGACGUCAGCCGAGAGCCUCCGGCACUGGAGCAGGCACUGGAGCAGGCACUGGAGCAAGGACUGGAGCUGGCACCGCAAGGACCUCCGACGCCUGAACACAGGGGACGUCAGCCGAGAGCCUCUGGCGCGGAGCAGGCACUGGAGCAGGGGCUGGAGCUGGCACCGCGAGGAUCUCCGACGCCAGAACACAGGGGAUGUCAGCCGAGAGCCUCCGGCGCGGAGCAGGCACUGGAGCAAGGACUGGAGCUGGCACCGCGAGGACCUUCGACGCCUGAACACAGGGGACGUCAGCCGAGAGCCUCUGGCGCGGAGCAGGCACUGGAGCAGGGGCUGGAGCUGGCACCGCAAGGAUCUCCGACGCCAGAACACAGGGGACGUCAGCCGAGAGCCUCCGGCGCGGAGCAGGGACUGGCUGUGCCUGGGACCCAGUCGGGGCCUGGAUGUGGCUUGGGCCCAAUCAGGGCUGGAGGUGGCUGAUGCCUCUGAUUAGACUGCUGAACGGAGAGGCUCCUGCUGUGGAUGCCCACCCUCCAGCGUCUACCCCCCACACCAGAUUCUUUUUGGAGGCUGCGGGGUCCUCCAUCGCUAGCUCCGGAAGCAGGCAUUUAGGCUAAAAACAUGGUGUUAAAAAUACAGUUUUAUAAAAAAUUAUUUAAUAUGUGUCUCUUUACAAGAUUUUUUUAAUGAACAUAACUGUAGCCAGCCACCAGGGGACAAUCAAGAUACUUUCCAUCAAUCAUCAUAUACAGUUUAUGUUGCAGCCAUUAAAAACACACCACAGUUAGAUUUUCAUUGGUAAAUUUGUUUUUUUAUAUAUUAUUCAUUCAUCAUCAUGUCAUAUAUUAUCAUUAUUAGUAUCAUCUAUUUUUAUUCCUUGACCAAGACUGGAGCAGGAUGUUUCAGAGUGAUAAGUAGCAUUGUUAAUGUGCAAUAUCUCUGCAUGACAUAUCUGCUGAAUGACUGAAUUGAAUAUUGCGCACAGAGGUGGAAAUCAUCCGCUGCAAAUAAAUAUAUGAAAGGUAUCGCUAUCUUACAGCUACUACAAGCAGUCUCUAAAUUAUGUUGCUAACUACCUGGUAACAAGCACAUACUGUAAGUAAAGCACAACUUUAUUUGUUUUAUUAAAUCACACUAAUUUUGCUUGUGUUUGAAAACACUAGGAAAGUGAUUGGGUUUUGUGAUUUUGUUUGGAUUCUUGACUUGAGCAAUUUUACUGACAGUAGAGCAGAUUUUUGUUUUAAAUGUGAAUUAUACAGCAACUAAAUUUCAUCACCAAUUUGACAGUAAAACUUAUGAUUUUUGUUUGAUUAAUAUUUGUGUUAGGCAGUUGGAUUGCCUCUUGAGAUUCUUGUAUUGGCACAAUAUGAUAUUCGUAUUUUUAACAGUAUAGCCUUUUAUACUCUUUAAUUUUGUAUACCAUACCUGUCUAUAUAAUUAUGCCAGUCUAAUAUGCAUGUGUUAUGUUUACCUUUUAUUUCAAUAUCAUUUGAAAGUAAUGUUUAAAUAUAAUGUAGGCACUCAUCCUUUAUCUCUGCAAAAUAAGAACUUUUCUCCACAAACAAUAUUUGCAUAGUUAAAGUUGUAUAUUAUUUGCAUAUUUUCUGUAUUUAAAUUCAAAUACCAACACCUUUGUUAUUGUCUUGUCUAUCUGCUGCUGUAACAACUCAA